AUGCUGGCGUUGAAAUGGAGAGUUUGCAACCCUUUAGGUCUGGUUCGGUUAGGUUGGCACCACCUUGCCAACAACCAAAAUGGCUUGCCAACCACUGCCAUCCCGGCGACUUGCAGCUCAAUAGAGAGAAUCAACAAUCGCCAUCUCCAUACUACAUCAUCUUGUUGUGGUAAACAUUAUUUAAAAAAGCCUAUCGAAAGUUAUCAUGAAUCACUGGUCAAAUAUAAAGUUCAAUUUGUACCAACCAUUGACAAUCGGUUAUUGCAAGCCAAAUUAGCUGGAGCAUUACAACAUGAUUACCUGAUCAAACAUAAGGCACCACCCAAAGUUGUGAUACAUGCCAGUAAACACAAUAUUAGAGGUAGUCCUAGGAAAUUGAACUUAUUAGCUAGAUUGAUACGGCGAAUGCGCGUUGACGAUGCAAUUGCUCAAAUGCAAUUUUCACCUAAAAGAUUAGCCAAACCAAUUUUACGGGUUAUAUUGCAAGCUAAAGAAGAAGCUGCUAAAGAACACAACCUCACUGAUCCCAAUCAACUAUUUGUAGAAGAAUCAACCGUUGGCCGAGGCCUAAUUUUAAAAGGCGUCCGAUAUCAUGGGAAAGGUAGAGCGGGCGUCCAGCGGACAUACUAUUGUCAUUACUUUUUGAAAUUAAAAGAAGGCCAACCCCCUAAAGAUCCUACAAUACCAAUAGAACAUCGCAGAGGUCAUACAAAAUGGAUGGUAACGAAUAUGCCUCCUCCGAAAAUUGUCAGCGGACUUUGACUUGUUACUAGUCCAUAACCAAAGAUACCCAAACGUCAUCCUUGUUAUCGCCGCUGCUAAACAAUCAUAACUAAUCACUAAUUUCAGAAACAUUUUUAUUUUAUAAAAUGC